AUGGCGGCAGCAGGUGGCGCGGCGAGUAUUAUUACACAAGUUCAACAGACAGGGCCACCAAUCAAUACACUGGGAGAAGCAGCGGCCGACGAGCACAUUACAUUGGAUUUGAGAGGGACGCAUUUCACCCUAUCUCGUGAUGAGCUCUUGACCUUGCCCGAAUUCGUCUUGCUGUCAUUAUUUCCCAAUGGCCUCCUUCCUGACGGCCACAUGAACUCGUUUCAUGAAGGCGACGUGUAUCCCGUCGACUAUGACCCUGCUUCACUCCAGUAUAUGUUAAACUUCUUCCGAGAUGUUGCCCAAUCAAUACCCUCAACGUCCCCGUCACCCACCACUCCACCCGAGCAUGACCCCAUCUCAAUCGAGCCGCUGCAAGGCUCUACCAAAGAUAUGCUGCAAGACCGGGCAGGAAUUAUUGUGCUAAGGGAAGACCUUGACUUUUAUGUCAUACCGCCUCGCGCGGAUAUCGAGCAGCCGGAAAUGACCGAGGUCAAGCGAGCUGCCGGCAAAUCAUUGCUUAAACAAGAUGGCAUCUUCUCGGGCCUUAAGCGGAGUGAGGAGGCCGGCACUACCGAGCAACACCUAAUCGAGAUGCUGACUGCUGGCGGUUUCAACCAUGACGAUGCAUGGGGUCACCGAGCGGGAGAACCCAACAAAGCAGUCAUUUGCAGCUUAGCUCUCGCCAGAUUACGGACGGACAUCAAGGGCGACCUCGCGGGCAGCAAUGUCGUCGGCAUGGCUCAAAAGCUGUUGCUGUUCUGGCGCAAACCCGCCCGGAGGUGCUGGUGGGAAGGUGUCGAAUUGACCGAUGUGGAGGGCGUACAGGGCAGGUUGAAGGUGUGGAUUCGAAGGGUCUGGACUCUGGAGAUGAGUGUUAUCGGCCUACGGUGA